AUGUCGGUGCUUGAGCUACAAAAGAAAGUCUUCGAGGAGAAGCUCCUCGCCGAGGUUGUCGCUCUUGCAGCCCCCUCUCCCAGCGAAGUCUGUUACCAGCUCCAUGAGAUGCCCCCACUCUACAGCCACUUGCGAUGCUUCGGAUUGCUCAACACGUACCUGGAGCCCAGCACCUGCUUGGAGCUGCUGCGGAUCCUCACAGGCAAAGCGACGCUUCGCAUCCUUCAGUUUGAGAACGUUCCUGUGCCCGAGGCGGGGGCGCGGCUCCUGGCCGAGUGCCUUCGCAACGAGGAGCCGCCGCUGGAAGAGCUUUGGUUGGUUAACUGUGGCCUCCGCCCGGCCUCCGCGGCGCUCCUUGCAGAGGGCCUCGCCAGCAAUGCGACGCUUCGAGAGCUGAGGCUAGAUGCAAACUCCGUGGGAGACGCCGGGGCCACAGCCUUGGCGGAGGCCUUGCAGAGGAACCGCACCUUGCGGAUCCUCAACCUGCAACUCGGAGGCGUGGGCACUGCCGGGGCCAUGGCGCUGACAAUCAAUCUUCUCGGGAACCGCACGCUGCGAGGACUCGGCUUGGCCUUCAAUCCCAUCGGACCUGCAGGCCUGGAGGCCUUGGAAGCGCUGAUUGAGCAGCCUGCAACCCUCACCGUCGUGCACGAGGCGCUGGUCUUUCGCUGUUGCAGGUGCGUCUUCAUCAUCAUUAGACUGGUCCUCCACGUGAUGUCUCUUGCGGCUCGGCUUCGGGCUUGGCUGCGGUGGCUGAUCUCCUGCAGGUCCACGACUCCGAAGUGGUUUCUGUGUGAGGCGGCCGCCAGGCCGCGGAACUACUUGAUGACUCGCUGCCCAAUGCUUGCUUGCUUUGCCUUCUCCGGUGAUCCUUAUGAGAGCGAUUUCGAAGCUUUGGAGCUGUCGCAAAAGUUGUCGGACAAUGAGCCGGCAGCUGCUUAG